UUAUGAGAUGCAGUCAGAUAGGGAGGUGACAGAGCGGACAGAGCCCGGGAGACCGAACCGGAGAGCAGGGAGGGUUUCUAUCUGACAGGAGGGUGAGAUGGUGUCGGCCCCCUGACUCACCCUUCACCCCCUCGGUUUGUUUCGCGGCGGUGGGAGAAGGACUGGACAGGAGCCGCACAGCCACGCACUGACGCCGGGGAGAGGAGAGGUGACCAUGGGCUCUGCUUCGUCCUCCUACCGGGUCAUUUACCUGGAUGUGGACGGCAGGAUUCAGAAGGUGGUCUUCAGUAGAUUCUGCAGCCCGUGUGACAUCAAGGAACUGCUCUGUACAGCCCUGAGUGUGCCAAGGAACACUAACCUGUCCCUGCUGGAUUCCUCUGGAGCCAUGGUGUCCAUCGACCCCACCAUGCCACACAACACAGAGAGGUCACCGUACCGAGUGGUGCCUAUGACUGGAGGACAGCUUGCUGAUAAAGAGGAACUCUUUCAGAAUGUACUGACGCAAGUAGCAGAGCAGUUCUCCAGGGCCUUUAAGAUCAAUGAGCUGAAGACUGAGGUCACCAACCGUCUCGCCAUGUUGGAAAAGAGAGUCGAGUUGGAGGGCAUGAAGGUGGUGGAGAUUGAGAAAUGUCGCAACGACAUCAAGAAACUCCGUGAGGAGAUGGCAUCGAGAAACAAUAGUAACUUCCUGGAAGACAAUAAGAAGCUGACGCCUCGUAGAGACGUGCCCUCCUACCCCAAGUACAUGCUGUCACAACAGACCAUAGACGCCCUCAAAAAACCCGCCUUUGAUGUCUGGCUGUGGGAGGCCAAUGAGAUGCUGAGCUGUCUCGAACAUAUGUACCAUGACCUUGGCUUGGUGAAAGACUUCAACAUCAACCCCAUCACCCUCAAGAGAUGGCUGUUGUGCAUUCAUGACAACUACAGGAACAACCCCUUCCACAACUUCCGCCACUGUUUCUGUGUCACCCAGAUGAUGUACAGCAUGAUCUGCCUCUGCAGCCUAAAGGAGAAGUUCACACAGGUGGACAUUUUGAUUCUCAUGACAGCUGCUGUGUGUCAUGAUCUCGAUCACCCUGGAUUCAACAACACGUACCAGAUCAAUGCCAGGACAGAGCUGGCUGUUCGCUACAAUGACAUCUCUCCUCUGGAGAAUCAUCACUGUGCUGUGGCGUUCCAGAUCUUCUCUCAGCCCGACUGCAACAUCUUCUCCAACUUUGACCCAGAGGCCUUCAAGCAGAUACGGCAGGGAACCAUCACACUGAUCCUGGCCACAGACAUGGCUCGACACGGUGAGAUCCUUGACUCUUUCAAGCAGAAAGUCGACAACUUUGACUACACAGACGAGGAGCACGUCACCUGUCUGAAGAUGGUGCUCAUCAAGUGCUGUGACAUCUCCAACGAGGUGCGGCCCAUGGAGGUGGCUGAGCCAUGGGUGGACUGCCUGCUGGAGGAGUACUUCAUGCAGAGCGACAGGGAGAAGGCUGAGGGACUUCCCGUGGCUCCAUUCAUGGACAGAGAGAAGGUCACCAAGCCCACGGCUCAGAUCGGCUUCAUCAAGUUUGUCCUCAUCCCCAUGUUUGAGACGGUGAUGAAGCUGUUCCCACAGAUUGAGGAGGCUAUGGUGCAGCCUCUCAGAGAGUCCAGAGACAGAUAUGAAGAACUCAAACAGAUUGAUGAUGCUAUGAAUGAGGUGCAGAAGAAGAAAAGUGAGAACUUGACCAUGGGAGGGAAGAAGAAGUAAAAGGUUUAAAAAGAUCCAGUCCAGAGCUCAGAGUGGAGCAGAGACCUCAGUAAACUGGAUGAGACUGGUUGAUCCUGCAUCAUCACUGUGUGCUGUCGUCACCUCAGUCUGAUGAAGAGCAGUGGACCAUCGGGUCAUGUGUCUCUCAGACAGCGUUACAGGGCUGGACUCCAGGAACAGAGGGACAAUCCAAAGCCUUCUUCAGGGACCGUCAAUGUUUGUACAGCACAGACCACUUCAGUCUACAAUGUUUAGAUACACAACUUUUUUUUUUUUUUUUUUUUUUUUUUGAAACGUGUUGU